AUGUAUAGGAAAUGGAACAUCAAUAGUAUGCGUACUCGAGGUUUGGAAGGCCACAAUGGGACAUGGGAGCAAUUUCUGAAAGUCUACGACCCAGAGUAUGGACAUCUAUUUCCUUGUCCUUCGUUUCGAGGACCAUCUGCUUCAAUUGCUUUCCUUACUACACUAAGCAAGAAAGAGGAUGUGCAGCUGCUAAUGGCUUGGCUUACGAGCCCUAGCCGUGUUCUUCGUCAUCAUUAUUCAAAGAAGUUGUCUCACGAGUACUAUCUGUCCCCGCAUAAUAACCCUGAGGACUGGCUUGUGACGGGGACUGGAAGUAACAAGUACAAAACUGAAAUGAUUUCACUCUGUUGUGAUAUGGUGCUUUGUGAAGAUGGGAUUGGAACUCCUAUUAGAGUUGUUGCAGCUGACCGUGAUUUCAAGGUUUUAACAGUAUUGAAGAUGGACCACGCAAGGGCAAUAGAUACUUCGCCUGUAUUUACAUAUGACUAUUCUGGUUCUCCAACCCUUGAAAAACCUUCCUUGAAUGAUCUCUGCACGUGUAUUUUGGGAUAUGAUAUGUCAAGUCAGUCCAAUUCUGUCUAUUCUUGCCUCAACGAUGUAGUAGUUGCGAUGAAACUUGUUCUUGCUGUAGUAGAGAAAGGAGCAGAGACAUCCAUUCCACCAACCGAAGAGAUGCUGAAGGAUGCGAGUUCUAAAGGACAGAAGAGCGAACAUGGUUCUGCAGUUGUAAACCAGUGUAGAGAUGGAGAAGAACAUUUCAAGAGAGGAAAAAGUAUUUUGAAAAUUGCUGUUAGGCAAAAGUCGAGGCAAAGCCAAGGAACUCAUGUUCAGGUGAAGCAGAAACUCAUGUUCCUGAUCCCAAGAAAGACUAUCUUUGGUUGA